AUGGGCCGUACAAAAUUCCCUGACGGCUCACAGACACCACGGAGCAACCCUACCAACUCCCAGGCAGGUCCCAUGGAUGAUUACCUGCAGACUCUGGAAACCACAUCCCGCAAGCGAGCAGGCUUAGAAAUGGUCGCGUCACCGAACCACGUGCGACCCCCAGAGGCAGGCAGCCCCACACUAUCUGACAUCAGCGCGCUGGCUGCACAAAUGGUCACGAAAACAGACCUCCAGACCCUAUCUGACGACCUACACACGGCGAUCCGCCUGGAGGUGACGGCCCUGAGGUCUGAAAUAACUGCACCCAGCGGCAGAUUCCAUAUACGGGAGGAGACUAUGCAGGAGACCACGGGGAGAGUGGGAACCACUACUACAGCGGUCACCAGACAGGGGAACUUGCUGCUAGCCCUGCGAAGGCAGGCAGAGGAUCUAGACAACAGGGGCCGCCGCUCCAACAUCCGCGUGCGCGGCCUACCUGAACCACAAACAGAGGAAGAUAUUGAGACCACGCUGAAGGCCCUCUUCCGAGACAUAUUGGGAGAAGAUAACGUGAUGUUUGAUCGAGCUCACCGGGCAAACAGACCUAGGAUACCAGAUGGCACACCACGAGACGCCAUCUGUUGCCUACACCACUAUAAGCACAAUGAGCAGAUAAUGCUGAAAGCUCGCACGAGACUGCUAUGGAGAUUCCGUGGGGCUGAUGUGACCUUGUUCCAAGAUCUGUCACCCUUCUCACUCGAAGCCCGCAGAGCCCUGUGCCCCAUCACAUCACUGCUCCCAGAGAGAGGUGGGGAUUUCCCUUUGCCCUACUUGCAAGACAUCAGAACGAAUGGAUAUCUCUGCGCUGGCCGGAGGAGGGGCAGGGAUUCCUACACCCCCUGGAACUUCCACCCACAGGAAUAACAGACUGGAUCCUCGGACCACUAGAACAACGGCCAAGACCCCAAACACCAAGACAACAGCGCCACCGCAGAGGUGAAUCACCAAGGCGACCCAUCACACGUAGACACCUCGACCCAGCUGCACCAGAAGAAUAA